UCCCACUUAGAUCCAGGGUGAAAGAGAGAAAACACAUGGAAUUUUUCUUUUUUUGCAAAUACAUCCAGGGUUGGAGGUUCUUUCUCUCUGUGCGUUGCACAAACAAAGGAGCAGCAUCAGAUGUAGUUUGAGGAGCCUCUCUCAUCCUUAUGCAACCUGGUUUAAACCUGGGGAUGAGAGAGUGCCAUCAACACCUCUGCUUUGUUUCCCUCCGCCUCUUCAAACUCUGAUCAACACUCUCAGCAUCUGAAAACAUUGAGGAUUGACGGAAGAGGAUUCAACUUUGGUUGCUUUUUUGGUUUGAUUGAUUCAAGAUUUCCUGUAGGUGGAAUGAUGCCUCUGUGCUGGAGCACCAGGUUGAAGGUUCUAGUUGUGCUUUUUGCUUUGAUGAUUCUCCCCAUGGCUCUGGAUGCUGGAACAAACCAGGAGAGGAGACCGGCUCCACAGACUUCCUGCUUUGGAGGCUUUGACCUUUACUUUGUUCUGGACACAUCUGGCAGUGUGCAGAACCACUGGAAUGAAAUCUACCACUUUGUUGAACAUCUGGCACAUAAAUUCAUCAGCCCACAGUUACGGAUGUCCUUCAUUGUGUUCUCCACCGCGGGGCGGAUUUUAAUGCACCUGACAGAUGACAGGGAACGUAUCCGUAAAGGUCUGGAGGAGCUCCAUGCCGUCCAGCCUGGAGGAGACACAUUUAUGCAUGAAGGCAUCAUGAAGGCUAGUGAGCAGAUAUACUAUGGAAACACAGAAGGUUACCGCACCGCCAGUGUUAUCAUAGCGCUAACAGAUGGAGAGCUGCAUGAGGACCUUUUCCUCUACGCAGAGAUAGAGGCAAACCGCUCCAGAAGUCUGGGUGCCUCAGUUUACUGCGUUGGAGUCAAAGACUUCAAUGAGACACAGUUGGCGAAGAUCGCUGACAGUAAAGACCACGUCUUCCCUGUAAAUGAUGGAUUUGAAGCUUUGCAAGGAGUUAUUGGUUCGAUUCUGAAGAGGUCCUGUAUUGAGAUCCUGGCAGCAGAGCCGUCCAGUAUAUGUGCAGGAGAGUCAUUCCAGGUUGUGGUAACAGGAAACGGGUUCCUCCAUGCCAGAAAUGCGGACAAAGUGUUGUGCAGCUUCCGGAUCAACGACACUGUGACCAAAAUGAUGAAGCCACUGACUGUUGAGGACACAUAUCUCCUCUGCCCUGCUCCGGUCCUUCAGGAGGAAGGGAUGGCAGCAAAUCUUGAUGUCAGUAUGAAUGAGGGGCUCAGUUUUAUCUCCAGUUCUGUCACCAUUACCACUGUGAAAUGUUCAGACGGGACCAUCCUGGCCGUAGCUUUGCUUAUCCUCGUGCUACUCCUGGUUUUGGCUCUUCUCUGGUGGUUCUGGCCUCUCUGUUGCACUGUGAUCAUCCAUGAACCCCCACCACCACCUGUGGAGGAAAGCUCGGAUGAGGAGGACUUUGAAACCCCUAAGAAAAAAUGGCCGACAGUAGAUGCGUCCUACUAUGGAGGAAGAGGAGUGGGGGGGAUCAAAAGGAUGGAGGUCCGCUGGGGUGAAAAAGGCUCAACAGAGGAAGGAGCAAAGCUGGAGAAAGCCAAAAAUGCCAAAGUGAAGAUGCCCGAACAGGAUUAUGAACCUCCGACCACUCGGGUUCUCAACAACGGCAUGCAGAAACCUGCAGCACCUCGGAAGUGGUACUCACCCAUUCAGAGCAAACUGGAUGCACUUUGGGUUCUUAUGAAAAAAGGCUAUGACCGCGUAUCUAUAAUGAGACCUCAUCCAGGGGACAAGGGAAGAUGCAUGAACUUCACUCGUACAAAAUCGCCGCCUCCUCGUUACCCCCACCUAAACUACCAGCCCUCACCCAUCUGCAACCCACCCAACAGAAGUCCUCCUCCACCACAGGGCUCCCUGCCCCCGACUCCUGGCAGCCCUCAGUCAUUUUCCUACUCCACGCUUCCAUCACCUCCUUCAACUCCUCCUCCUGUUUCCCCGACUCCCUCACCACCCCUCACCCCUCCUCCUUACACAGCACCUCCCAGCAGAGCUCUUCCUCCAACCACCACGUACAUACCUGCUCCACCAGCGUCCCCACCUGGCCCUCCAGUCUGUGCCCCUCCUGCGGGCCCUCUGCCUCCUCCUCCUGGGCGAGCCCCCCCACCUGCCCGUCCACCGCCCCGUCCUGUAGUUUAAUGGCAGCAGAUGUGAGAGACACAAAACUAAAGGAAAACAGUGGUCAGCGUGCAGAGAUGUUGUGUUUGGAAGCAGGGACAUUUUUGUGUCCUCUGCCUUGUGCAGAGAAGCCAGGAGAACUGUCCAGCUAUUUGUCUACAGUGACUUUUGUACACAUCUAGGAGAACAGUGCAAUUACUCAGAUGCUUGAAUUACACUCAACAGACAGUCCAUACAAAUGAGAUCAUGCAGAUCAAUUCCAGAACAUUUGUGCAGUUUAUGCUCGGAGGUGCUACAGAAUCCACUAACCCAUCAGCUCGUACGUUCGGUUAAAUCCUCAUGAGCUCGGACUAAAGUCUCUGUACCUCAGCCCUCAAUAAGAAGCUGAACUGCACCGGUCAUGGUGUCAAGAUGAAUGUCUGCUGAAAAAUAUCUGAUUCGGGAUGAAACUCAGGCUUCCAAUGUUUUGGCUUUCAGCAGAUUUACAGAAAUCUGAAUAAUCUUGAACUUUUUUUGUUGUGUUAGCAACUGCAUGCAAAGAAGGCUUGUGUGAACUGUGUGAUUUUACCUUUUAUACGUUUUUUUAUCGGUUUUAUUGUGUGUUGUUUUUUUUUUAUCUGGUUGGGCUGGAUGCCCAACCAGAUUCUUUUGCAUUUACCAUGUUGCUUCAGUAUCAAGGUUUGGAAGCUGCAGUCAACAGCUGUUGUGGUAAAAGGGAGAACUCGCUCUGUAUACAAACAUAUCAGCAGAUCAAUCCAUUCUCCGGAUGUUUUUCUAAUCCAAAUGUGCCAAAUAUCAAAAUGAUGAAGCCAUGUUUUUUAUGUGCAGAGUGUGGCUUAGGAGCGGCUGACUGAGGAAUGAUUUCAUCCUGGAUGCUGCUCCAAAAAAAACAAACUGGUCAGCAAAAUUGGCACCUUAGCAUAUGUUUAAUUUCUUGUUCAUUAAUGCAUCACUAAAGCUUUUGCUUUAGGAUAUUUGUUCUAUUUUAAGCUCACAUUUGUGACACGUUAUGCUCUCCCUACCUGCAGUGUGUAGUUUGAUGCUUUGCUUGCUGGCUUUUAAGAACACCACUUGAAAUGUUAAUUACCUGACAACUUUACAGAGGUGGCACUUAAGUAAAAGUAGCACUACUGCAUCAUGUUUUUACUCAAAUAGCAGCAUAAAUGAACCGUUAAAGAAAGUACACAGGCGUAUUUGGUAUUAUUAUAAAAGUAUUUAGUAAAAAGGCUAUUCAGGUACUGGGUAACUGAGCUACAAAAUUAUGUAAUAUUGAAGAAAAUAUUAAGCGAUUCUGUUUUUUUCAGAGAAUAAGGUAAAUAUGAUCAUGUGACAUAUAUAAAAGAUUCAAUUACAGUAUACUGUAUUUUCACUCAACCUCCAAUUAACUCAACAGACUCAGCAGAUGGAAAAUAACAUUUAAUCAAUAAGCUUAGCCUACAAAUAAAAUACAAAAGUGUGUCUCUCCAGGAUGCAUUUUGUUUAAAGCAAGCUUGCUUUCAUUAAGUGACAUCCCCACAAUGGAUGGAGUAACCCGAAAUGUUAAAAACUUUGUGAAACUUUAUUGUAAAAGUAAAAGGCAAUGUUUAGUAAUGCUACUCCUAAAAGUACAUUUAAAAAAGUUACUCAAGUAAAUGUAACUGAGUACAUGUAACUAAUAACUACCCACCUCUGCAACUUUAGACUAUUUUGCAUUAACAUCUUAAAAUCCCCCAAUAUAUUUAUAUAUAGCUGCAAAGGAGACAUUUUUAAACUGCACCAACUAUGGUUACUGACCCAUCUUUCACUUACUCACAUUGUAGACAGACAUUUAAGAGCAUUGCUUCUAAAUUUUAAUGUGACACACCAACAAAAAAACACUAGUUUUGAAGAAUUAAAAAAAAGAAAUAUUGAAAUGGUGUUUUUUGUUUGUAUUAUAUCUACUCAAUUCUGAGAGAUCCAUUAGUGAACAUAACUGGACAACCGACAACUUGAAGAGGAAAAAACGCAGCAGACAAGUUAGGAAUAAAGUUACGAAGGUUAAAAAUUUGUAGCUUAAAGCAGGUCAAGAAGCAUUCCUCAGUUUAAAAUCUGAAAAUUAAAAGGUAUUGCGAACCUAUCAAGACAUGGCGCCCAACUGAAUCUUACAUUGGGCAAAUAGAGAGAUAGUCAGAAAAGCAGCCAAAUGGUUUGUAGUUUACUUUGCAAGAGAUGUAGAUAUCCAGCUAUCAGUUGCAUGUUCUACAAAUAUGUGUUUUAAUUAAAAAGCCAUGCAGAGGCUUACAUUCAACACCUAGAAGAGGGUGUCUGGAUGGAUGAAAGUGUAACUAUAUUUCCUACAUGCAAAAUACAGCAUAACACUCCUGAAGACCCUACACAGAAAUAAGGCAGCAUGCUUUUCUGGAGCAGGGACAGCAAACCCUGUAAAACAUGUAAGAAUAAGGUAGAUGAACUAUAUGGAAACUGCAGUAUAUGUUUGCAAUUUAACAUACUAUGAAAAAAGCUAGAGUGACAUAGAUACACUGCAAGGCAUUUAUCAGCUAAACAUGCUUAUAUGACACACAAAUCAACUUGGUGUUCUAUACUGUUCUUAUUCUGAUUUAUGGUUUUAAGGAUGUUUUUUUUACAAUGUUUCUUUUCAUUAUCAUUAAGACACUAGAUCACAUGAUGACUUUUAACAUAAAAUCUCCUCUGCAGGUAUGUUUUUUGUUUUUUUUGUUGAAGCCUUAGCAGGUUUAAGUGUACCAUAUGCCUCUUGAGCCCCUUUUUAUCCACUGUUUCUUGUUUUAGGAAAUUUCUACAUACCGGUACCUUUUUAUGUUGCAAUUUUUUUUAGAAUUAGACCUUUAAGUGCACACAUUGAAUGUAAAACUGUUCUAUGUCCUUUUUUUUUUAGCAACAGCAACAGAGAGCUGAUACUGUAUUGCCUCUGGGAUCUAACAGCAAGGAGGACUACAAACACCUCCCUGUGAUAGAAAAAAAGUGUAAAGCAUAUGCAGGGCAUGGCUAACUAAUUCCAGAUGUCAAUAUAUUGCAUUAAUUUCACAUGCAGGAAUAGAGUGAUCUACCCUGGAAAAUAUUAGACUCCAUCUAAUCCUCAGGAAAUGUGGACAAGCUGCAGAAAAGGACGUUGGCUCUGAUUGUCCAUGCCAAGAUUUGAAGACAUUUAAGAGGAAUAAAAAGUUAUAACCUCACA